AUGAUUGGCAUUCGGAUGUGGGCCAGCGGAAAACAGCUCAAUCCUUUUAUAGGAAUUCAUCUGAAAUUGGGUGUUGGGUUUGCAACAAGACAAGUUGGAAAUGUGACUAAACCGACCCUCAUCAUCUCGAAUGAGGGAGACAAAGUGGUCCAAAAAACACAGAGUACUUUCAAGAACACCGAGAUCUCAUUCAAACUGGGCGAGGAGUUUGAUGAGACCACCGUAGAUGACCGACACUGUAAAUCCACUGUGGUACUAGAUGGAGACCAGUUUGUUCAUGUGCAGAAGUGGGAUGGAAAAGAGACCACCUUUGUCCGGGAGAUCAAGGACGGGAAGAUGGUGAUGAAACUCACCUUUGGGGACGUGGUGGCUGUGCGUACCUAUGAAAAAGCAUAAGUUUUGGGAAUAUUAUGAGGAUUUGUCCUUCUCCUUCACCAGGCAGCAACAGAUACGAUGUGCUUUGAUGCUUUACGGAAUGAAAAA